UUUUAAUAUCUGUAGUGUAACUUGUUAAAUGAAAUAAUGUUUAGUGAUAGGAGUUCAUUGCUGUAUGACAUUUCAUGGUGACAGCAUAAUGGCAAAGAAGCGUACUACUAAACAAAGAGCAGCUGCUAAUGCAGCGAAAAACUCAAAGAAUGCAACUGCUGGAAAUAGGAAAAUUGAACAGCAGAGCGAUGAAGUGAACUUGACUGAGAAUUUGAAUAUACAAAGGAUGCGUGAUGUUAAGAAAAAUGUCCAAACUGCAAAUAUGGUGUAUGCGCCUCCAAAGGGUCUUGUUAAUUUAGGAAAUACUUGUUUCUUCAAUUCAGUAAUGCAAAAUUUAUGCAGAACACCCGGGCUGCUGCAAUUAUUAACGCAUGCAAGCCAGGAAAGUAAUUUUGUUGUUGAUGGAGAGAAUAUUCCUUCAAUUCAAUGUCGAUUGCCACCACUUUGCAAAUUAACAGAGGCAUUAUGUAAUUUCCUAAUCACCAUGGAAGCAAGUGUGCAAGUUCCUAUAAAUAGCGCUGGUAGGCAAAGAAGUCGAACUGAAUCUCCUAAGUCUUUGUUCAAUCAAAUCUGUACUGUUGCACCGAGAUUCCGUGGAUAUCAGCAACAGGACAGUCAAGAAGUUCUCCAAGCUUUACUUGAUGGUGUGAAAACGGAAGAGAUAAAACGUCGAAAGCAUGCAAUUUUAGCAAAUUUGGGACUGCUGAAGAAAACAGCAAAAGACAUAUCUCAAGACACAAAGGAAAUGGUGAAAAAUUAUGGACGACAAGCAUCAAGGAUACCAACAAUAGUUGACAGUCUUUUCAGUGGCACAUUAGUUAGCUCAGUCUUAUGUGAUGAAUGUGGACAGAUUACUCAAGUAACUGAGGAUUUCCUUGACAUUCCUUUGCCAAUAGUCGAAAGUGUGCAAGCUCAUCAUAAUGUAAAUAAUAAGAAAUCAAACAAGGCGCAACCUAUCAAAGAUGAAUUGAAUUCUGGUGAAGAUAACAAACAUGAAAUUACUAAUAAGGUGACUUCUUCAAGUAAACAUGCAAAGAAGAAACAGAGACAGCAAUCUCGCAAGAAUCACCGCCGUAGAAGAACAAAGUCUCAAAAUAUUGAAGAGGCUUCGGAAAAUGAUGAAAUCAAAGAGAUAGUGACUGAAAUGCAAAGUAUGGGAAUCAAUGGUCGUGUUGGUACAGAUUUUAGUACUAAUCAAGCCAGUAACUGGGGUAACACAAACUCUGACAUAGAGCCGGAAGAAAUAAAUUCAGAAUCCAAUAAUAUCGUUUCAGAGCUACAACAGUGUAAAAUUGUAUCUGCUGAAAUAGGUAUCAUCGAAGACACUGAUGAGAAAAUUGAGAAUGAAAACAAGAAGAAUGAUGUAGUUUCAGAACUUAAUAAUAACUAUUUAGUCGGUGAAAAAAAUUCUCCUGAUACUACUGCGGUGGCGGAAAAUGGCACUGCCAUAAAUGAAACGACCAGUAGUUCAUGCGAUAUUCUGGAAAAUAAGGAAACUCAAAAUGGUGGGGAAAAUUUGCCUGAUAUUACCACAAAGACGAUAAAAAACACUGUCGCAUUUGAAGAAAGUAGUAGCUCAUGUGAGGAUAUUUUGAAGAAUAAUGAACAAACUGAAGAGAUUCAUACUCCUGCAUGUACAGACGGAAAAAUUGUAGCAGAGGAUGAUGUUGUACAAAUGCAGUUAUCAAAUGGAAAUGCUGUUCAAUGUGGUUUAAUGAAUGGGAACGCCGAAAUUAAGCAGUCUGAAGAUGAGCAAAACGCCGAUUCUACCCCUAGUGAUCACACUGAGCCAUCUAGUGGCAAUGAUGAGAAGGAGGAGUCUGGUAACGAAAUUGCAAAAGAUAAUUGCCCUUCACUAUUUGAAACACCUAAAAAAAAGCCUGAAGUCAAAUUCACAAGCUUUUGUUCGAAGUUGCCAAUCACUGUGUCACCAAGAUACGAACCUGGAAAACAAGAAUGUUCCAUACAAUCCUGCCUCCACAAAUUUACAAUGGCUGAAAUGCUGACAGGGAACAAUAAAUUUGGGUGUGAGGAGUGCACAAAGCGGCAGAGAAAGCUCAGCAAUGAUAAACCAAAAACUAUGUAUUGCAAUGCGAGCAAGCAAAUGAUGAUCAAAACUCCGCCUCUAAUUUUGACUCUGCAAUUAAAAAGGUUUCAACAAUCCGGCCGUAGCUUGAGAAAAUUCAGCAAAAGGGUCGAAAUUCCUAUAGAAUUUGAUUUGUCCCCAUUCUGCGCUAGUGAUGACACAAAUCACACCGAUGAUAAUGGUCAAAUAAUGUAUAGAAUCUAUGGCAUUGUAGAACACUCUGGCAGCUUAUCUCGGGGACAUUACACUUCCUAUGUUAAUGUUCGUCCUGUGAAUAAAAAGUUAUUGCAAAAACUAGGACUAAAAUGUGAACUCAAUAAUAUGAAAUGUGGUGAUGAAUUCCAUGAUCAAUGGUUUCAUAUCAGCGAUACUUCAGUAUCGAAAUGCACUCUUGAUAGAGCUCUUAAUUCAAAUGCUUACUUAUUAUUUUAUGAAAGAAUAUUUUGACAAAUUAGAUUUCUUGUAAAAUUUAUUUGUUCCAUUGAAUUAGGUUCAUUUUUCUCAGUAAGCUGUUCAUAUAUAAAACAAUAUUAUGAUUUUUAGCCAACUCUCUGUAAUAGGAAAUGAUUACCUAAUUUAACCAUGCUAUGCCUGAAAAUAGCAGCUACCUCUCUACGAAUAAUUUAAAAAGCUUGAGACCUUCUGGCUAGUGUUAUAUACUGUUACUCUGUCUUAUUAUUCCUACCAGGUAUUAUUGUUCAGGCGCAUAAUAUUCAACAACAGACCUUUUGGUAGUGUAGGCGUGAUCUCUACCCUUCAUAAUCAUGUUUUCAAUGUAGAAUUUUGGUUUUACAGAAUCAUGUCAAUCCAUUUGCAUAUUUUCUUUCCUCUAGUCAAUGAUGUAUUAUAGUGCAAUCAACCCUCUG